AUGAAAUUUGCAGCUGCCCUUACGACAGCCACCUUGGUGGCUGGGGCCCUUGCAGCUCCUCGCUCUGGACUCGUUGAGCGUCUGGAGGCUCGUGGCAUCCUGACCCGCCGAUCCAUCCCGCCACACAAGAUCGGCGAUCGAGUGGCAGAGAAUGGAGUACUUCUCAAGACAGACGACAGCGAUUCUGAAGUCCAGUAUAGUAAGAACUGGGCGGGCGUUGUCCGUGAGCAGCCUCCGGCGGCGAGUGCCACCUAUACUGAGGUUUCAGCCACAUUCACCGUGCCCACUCCAACCGCAACCGAUCACUCUGGCAAAGUCCAAGCGGCUUCCGCUUGGGUUGGCAUUGACGGUGAUACAUACACCAAAGCGAUCUUGCAAACGGGAAUUGAUGCAUACGUGUCCAACGGCCAGAGAGCCUAUGACGCCUGGUACGAGUGGUACCCCAAUGCCGCAGAGACGUUUGACCUCGAGUUGACUGCCGGUGAUGAGAUCGUGGCCAUUGUCAAAUCUAACUCGCCAAGCGAGGGUGUCGCAAUCAUCGAAAACCGGUCCACAGGCCAAAAUGUGACCAAAACAAUUUCCGCCCCGUCCAGUACUGCUACGCUUGGCGGGCAAAAUGCAGAAUGGAUCGUCGAAGAUUUCAACUCAGGGUCAACAAUGGUCCCGUUCGCCAACUUUGGUCGGGUCGACUUUACUGGAGCUCUAGCGAAGACGUCGAUUGGCGACUAUGGUGUCGAGGAUGCAACCAUUUUGGAGAUUCAGCAGAAUGGGGUGGUCCUUGCGGGCGUGGAGAUUCAAAGCGACUCCGAGUUUACUGUUAUUUAUCAAUGA